GGCUUAAAUCAGAGUAUGUUUGGCUCUAAACCAGAGUGGUUUAGUUCACACUGGUUUUUAGAAAAACUUGUCAAGGGGCCAGUUGAAAGUGUUUUUCGUUCCAUCGCCAGUAGAUUCGCAGGAAUUGAUUAAUUAACUUUUGCGUUUAUUUUAUUCCUGAUGAUGGUGCAAAGACGAAACUUUCAUACUCACUCUCCACUUGGUUUAAUCUUGCUUAGUUUAGCAGAUUUACAUUUUUGAAGUGCAGUUUACGAAGAAACAGUCGCAGCCCAAGUUGGAAGGUUCCUCAAAUGGGUCUCGAUAAUAUCGCAGAUAGACAAAACUUUCAAAAUCCACAGAUUAAUGCGUGCUCUUUCCAACACACUUCUUGGCUAACACUUCUUGACUACGUUUUAGUUCACUCGGUUUGGCCGAGCUGAAUUUUUGGAAAAUUCCGACGCAAUUUACGAACAGUCUCUUUCAAAUUUGAGUUGCGACUUGCCUGAUGACGGCUCAAAAGCAAAACUUUCCCCAUCCCGAGAGGAAAUGGGUGCGCUCUUUCAUGCAUGAUUCAGCAUCAAGCCAUCUCAGUCGCUUUGCGGGCAGAAAUGAUUUUUUUUAAUUAGCCGCAACUUAGAUUUAACUUCUCUUGAACCAAUGUCUAGGCAAAAAGCACUGAAAACUUGUCAAUUGAUUAGUGCUUGCCAAAAAACAUCUCUGUCGUCCUCGAAGAUCUCCGCUCAACUUUUACUCGCAAAAAACUCGCUUAUGCUUCUGGUUGGUCGAAAAUUCAAAAACGUAAUUCACUAGAUCAAAUUUGACUACGGACAGUAGGCCUCGGUAACACUGUGCUGAGUUGUUGCGCUCUCUGGGUGUUAUGAGUUAAUGGGUUGUAACGCAUCGGCCAAUGAGUCUCAGAGAGAUAACUUAUUUAUUAAAGUAGAUUAAACCUUUACGAGACCCGCGGCCGGAAUAACACUCCAAACAACUAAAAAAACUAACGUUUUUCCAGCCAUGGAACUGAGUGACUGCAGUGACUGCGCCGGUGCGUUGGGCUGGCGCACCAUGCCAUUUGCGCAGCAUUGCGCCAACUCGUAAAAAUUCACUGAGUUACCCAGUCCUAACCCUCCCCUCCCAAUCUAAAUGCCAAACUCACGCCCCGCCCCCAACAGUUGCGCCUAUUAAUUGAGACUUGACCCUUCUCCUUUUUUAAUCAUGCAGUCGAACUUCUUUUUUGCUCUCUUUGAGUUUUGGACUACAUACAGGCAAAAUGCCUUCAAACGCUGUAGGUGCUCAAUAUACAGGAUGAUGCAGUUUUGCAGCAACCACACCUUAGAUCCAUUUUAGAUCAGUGAAUUUUUUGCUGCCAAAAUCAAUAGUAGAUAUCCAAGAUAAUGUGAAAAAAUGGGUUUCGUGCCAUGGCACUAAAUGAUGCCAUUAAUUCUGAAUGGCUUCGGUAUAGACCCUGAUUGUUUAUCAGUGUUAGUUCCAUCCGGCCUCUUUCAACCGUAGCUCGAUUCCAUUCAGUUAAUUCACUCAGAUGUGUAGGUAUUUCAUACCUUUGUUUCAUCAAAUAUUUGACAAAAAAUCUCAUCUAAUUUGACCUGAACUGCAUCAAAUGCAAAAUUGAAAUGUAUCGAUUGUAAAACUGGAAUAAUUUUGCAUUUAUAUGAUCGCUAAUCACGCAAUCUCCCUAUUUUUGAGCUGGCAUUUGCGUUCCACCAUGCAGCUCUGCUGCAGCAGCGUUAUGUGGUUUAGUUCCUUAGUCGAUGGAAGAUCAAGAAGUAGACGUGGCCACGUCGCUUAGAAGCGAGCUGGCCGCUUUGCAGUAUAAACGAGACCGGCUGACUCAAGAAGUGGAAGAAAUGAGGUCGCAGAUCCGAAGCAGGGACCAGCAUUGCUUGGAGCUGCAAGUGGAAGCCGAGCAGCUGAGAGAGCAGGCGGCGCGGCAAAAUGCCAUAAUUUCUUCCUUAAAGAAGCGAGUUCACGAGCUGGAGGAAAGAGAGCGAAACCUGUUUGCCGCCCAAGGAAGACACGAAAUUUCCCUCCAGUCUGCCCAGAGAGACAUCAGGUACAGCGAGGAAAAAGCGAAAGAACUUGAAUCCAAAGUCAGACACCUGGAAAUCGAGCUCAGCUCAGAAGAGCAAAAGAAAGAAUCUGCCAGAUUGCAGUUCCAAGACUUCGUCAGACGGCUGUCUGGGGCUUUGGGUGUAGACGCUGUAGAUACUUCAAGCAUCUCCGCCGAGGCUCUGGUACACAAGGCUUCAGAACUGGUUCAGGAAACUUCGCGAUUGAGAAGUAAGGCGCACAAUAUAAACGACACUCUGGGAUCGGUGGAAGUGGACUUGAGAACAUGCAGGGAAAACUUUGAGCGAGCUGUAGCUGACAAGGAGUGCAUACAGAGGCAAUCGGCUGUCCAGAUACUUGAAAUCGAUCGGCUCAGGCAGGAAAAAGAAGCCCUUGAAAUGCAGCAUCGCGUCACCGAACGAGAACUUAACGAAAUCAAAGAAAAACUGUCAAUUUCAACCAGAAAUUUGGGCUCAGCCAGUGGAAAUAUCGCUCAGCAGGAGUCUUUGAUUUGUCAACUGCGAGAGGAAAUCAAGGUGAGGGACGACAGAGUCCAGCGAUUGCAAGCAGAACAGAAGCAUACUUUGGAGUCUUUGGCUAUACAGUUGAGCACUCCUACUCGGUUUGUUGACUCCAUCGAGAUGACCAUCAAGGAAAAAUUGCACGAAGUUCUAUCCGAGAACAAAGAGAAGACUGCGCAAAUUGAAAGCCUGAGGGAAAAAUUGGCGCAUGAAACCCAGCAGCUUUCCAGGCAAAUAGCGCUUUGCGACCAGGCCAAUUCCAAAGCUCGCCUGCUGGAAGACGAAAAAAAUCACCUGGAGGCUCGAUUGAAUAAAGCGGAUGUCGACAUUAAUUCCUGCGAGUUAUCCAGGGAUGCACUCAAAAGGGACAAAUGCACUUUUAUGAAUUUCCUGGAACGACUAGCUCGCGCCCUAAAUAUGGAUGAAAUUUCGCACGAUAUUGGCGUGGAUCUGCACACGGAGUCGUUGCUGCUCAGAGCUGAGCAACUAUCCAGACUGGAAGGCGACAAACUAGUGGACAAGCUGCUUUGCUGCGGAUACGGCACUUUACCUCGACUGUCUUGUUUGAGACGGGAACGAUCUUUCCAUGACGUCCCAUUGCGCGAUACCGCCCUCGUUUAUCAGCUUCAGCGCAGAGUCAGGACUUUAAGGGAACAGGUGCAAAGGAAAGACCUCCACCUGGACCUUCUGCGUCGGAAGCUGUCGCUUCAGGAAGACAACACCAAGACCAAAUGCUUGCUGCAAAGCGAACGCGAUGAAGCCAACGCUAGGAUUAAGAAGCUGAUCAAGCAGGUGGAUCGGCUGCAGCUGCAGCUCAGUGAAGCCAAGAGCCAAAUACGCGAAAUGAACAGUCAGCUCUCUGAAGCAGCUGAUUAUAAGAUAACCGCGCUAGAGAGAGGGAGGAAAAUCGAGGAGCUUCAAAAGAAGCUGAUGGACUCAGAAACUUUGAGAACAAAGUACAAUAGGAAAGUGACGAUUUUGAAGGACCAAAUACGCCAAACUGGAGACACAAUCGAUCAGGAGAGGAACAUCAGCGAGCAUUCGCUGCAGCUGUUGAGAGAUGAAAUCUCGCGAGUGAAGGACCAACUAAUUGAGGUGCAAAGACGAGAGUCGCAGCUGCAAAGCUUCAAGCAUUCGGUGGCCAAAAUCUUAGGAAUUGUGCUGCCAAUGCCCGACUAUGAGUUGGUGUCGAGGCUGCAGAAGUUGGUGGAUGCCCAUCAUGACUUCACGUUGGUUUCCAGACGAUACGACGAUCCAGUGCUCCGGUUAACCGCAAGGUCUCCAACGGGGGGAUCCCGAAUAUCCAGGACUCCGGAUCGCUCGCGUUACGACGAUUCUGGGUACGCUGAUGGCGCGGAUCUGGACAAUUCGGACGAGGAUCUCUUCAAGAGACAAGGGAGGAUUUGACGGACUACUCUUAAGGGCCGUUGGAAUUGUUGAUUUUUUAACUAAUUGACUACUAAUGAAGACACCAUUAGAUCAGUAUUAAUAAUCACUGCCACACUUUUCUGUAAGGGACAUAUGAAAUUAAACGCUCUUGAACGAA